CGUUUCAGUUUAUUCUUGGUGUUAGACACGUUAAGAUCAGUUAAGUGCAGUGGAAGUGCGAAAAAAUGUCUUUUCUAGAGCAGAGUCUACAUACAGCCAAUGCAGAAUAUAUAAAUAUCAAUGGCGAUCGCCAAUUGUUCACGAAUCAUUAUAAUAUACUGCGAGAUACGCUCUACAAAACGCUGCAGGAGGAGCAGCCACUAGGCAAGUGGCUAUGUGGCCACAAAUUGGGUGGAAGUUAUGCGGACAAUUUGAAGAUCACGAAGCCGGACGAAUUCGAUUUGGUAAUUCAUUUGAAGUUUCCCGAGAAUGACAGGAUUAUUGUGAAAAAGGAUCCCAGGCGACCCGGUAAUGUUACCUUGGACAUGACCGAGGUGCUGAAUGCUCUGGAAAAACAGGAGCACAACAAGGUCUCAUACACGGGUUUGAAGAAAUUGGUCACAAAUAGGAAUUUGCUGCUCGAGGACAAGCUGCAGGGUAUGAUAAACGGUGCCAUGACACGAGCUCUUAACAAAAUGGGCAACCAAAUUGAGGUGAACGGAAGGGCCACCUCGGUGGUCUACAGACGAUGUGGUCCGGCGCACACGAUGUUUAUCAAUGACAAUGGUAUUAAAUACUCGGUGGAUUUUGUGCCAGCCAUCAGGUUAAUUGCCAGACAAAAUAUUUUGGAGCCAGAGCAGCUCAAGUAUUUUAAGGAUAUUCGCUAUUGGGAUGCGAUACCGAAACCCUUGAAGCCAUUCGAACCGAAUAACGUAUCAUUCCGCGCCUCCUACUACGAUGCCGAAAAUGUGAUGAUCAAGGACAAACAAAAGCUGAAGAUAACUAUUAAGUUUAUGAAGAAGUUUCGCGAUAGCAAACAAAAUAUGAACAAUCUAAAGAGCUAUUACAUUAAGACCCUGUUUCUAUGGCAAGUCAAGCACAAAUCCGACUCCUAUUGGAGUACCAAGACGCUAAAGGAUAUAUUAAUUGACAUGUGCAGAGAAUUGAAGACUUCCUUGGCAACGUCUGGCCGCAAUGGUAAGCUGCUCUUUUUCUGGGAUCCCAAACUAGAUUUGUUUGCCGCAUUCACACCAAGUCAACGCGAAGAUAUGUUCAACUGCGUUGUGGCACAUCUUUAUACGCUCGAGCGUGCCGAUGGCAACUUGACGGCGGACAUUGAUAGAAAUGUCAUAUCCUCGUUCAGCACACGCGCGGAACGUCUCAGCCAAGACGAGCAAAGGAAUGGACGACAGAAGGAGGCUGCUCCAAAGCAACAGCCAGCUCCAAGGCAAAAGCAGGAACCAAAGCAACAGCCUGCUCCAAAGCAACAGCCAGCUCCAAGGCAGCAGCCAGCUUCAGGGCAACAGCCAGCUCCUAGGCAGCAGCCAGCUCCAAGUCAACAGCCUCCGGCCAAGUCCAGCAGUAGCUGUUGCAUUGCGUAACGUAGCUGUCGGUCUUAAUCCUAGUUUAGAUGUGCUCUAGAUGUACGCGUGAAGUCCUCGUCCUUUAAGUCACUUACAAGCCGCCACCGGAGCGAUCGACGCUAAUCUUCUGCUUCAGGUUAGCCGCCUCGUGCUUCUGCUCCUCCAGCUCGGCCA